AUGCCUCACAAUCCUAAUCAAGGUCCUUGCUUAGUUACUGGUUGUGAAAAUUCAGGCUCUUACAGAAACUUUAAUAAAACUGUUUAUACAAGAUCAAUUAAUUCUGGAACUUUUUCCUCAUUAUUUGCAAACAAUUUAAAUAAUCAAAAUACUAU